AUGGGCCAGAAAGGAGAGCGCGGAUUGGGUGAGCGUCACCGAGAGAAGCACAAUCGGCCAAUCAGAGGCGAGUCUCCACGUGAGGCUCGGCGCGAGCGCGAAAGCGUGGGUGCUAUUAAACUAAACGUAGUUUUUCAUCGCCAAAAUUUUACUUUUCUUGAAUUCCUCCAGUCGGUCCUGCAAUUCGUAGAGAAUUUACCUUUUCCUGCCAUCUACUACACAGACCCAGAAAAUCUGAAUUCGGUCCAAAUAAUGCCUUCCGUUUGUGUCAAGGACGUCGACCAGCAGGAGUUUGUCAAGGCUUUCGCCGAAUUCCUCAAGAACUCUGGCAAGGUCAAGGUUCCCGAGUGGGCCGAUAUCGUCAAGACCGCCACCCACCGAGAGUUGGCCCCAUAUGAUCCCGACUGGUUCUACGUACGAUGCGCCUCUCUCGCCCGACACUUGUACAUGCGCGGAAACGCUGGUGUUGGUGCCUUCCGAAAGGUGUACGGUGGCUCCCGACACCGAGGUGUUGCCCCCAACCACUUCCACGUCGCCAACGGAAACCUCAUCCGAAAGGCUCUCCAGGCCCUCGAAGCCUGCAAGAUCCUCGAGAAGUCCAACUUCCGCGGACGAGUCAUCACCCGAGUUGGUCGACGAGACAUGGACCGAGUCGCUGGCGCCAUUAACAAGAACGCUGCUGAAUAA